AUGGAGGACGCCGACUCGGCGGCGAAGCAGUUGGGCUUAGCGGAGGCCGCCGCAGUGGCGGCCGCGGUCGCGGCGGCCGCGGAAGGAUCCGAGCAGCAGCAAGGGCCGCAGCAAGCACCGCAGCAGCCACCGCCGCCGCCGCAGCAGCAGCAGCAACAAGCCGCCGCCUCGGAGUCGGAGGCGGAGCCCGAGGAGGAGGAAGAGGCGGCGCAGGUGACGGCCGUGACCGUGAUGGCGGCAGAGGCCGAGCACAUCGACAUGGGAGCCGAGGCGCUGCCGAGCGCGGACGAGGCCGCCGCCGCCUUCGCAGAAGUCACCACAGUGACAGUAGCUAAUGUUGGCGCCUCUGCAGACAAUGUUUUCACUACAUCCGUGGCAAAUGCAGCUUCAAUUUCAGGGCACGUGCUGUCUGGGAGAACGGCCCUCCAAAUUGGGGACAGCUUGAACACUGAGAAAGCCACCCUCAUAGUGGUUCACACAGAUGGCAGCAUUGUAGAAACCACAGGGCUGAAGGGGCCAUCAGCACCUCUCACACCAGGACCGCAGUCUCCUCCCACCCCUUUAACAUCCGCCCAAGAGAAGACUGGAACCAAGUAUAACUGGGACCCAUCAGUGUACAACAACGAGCUYCCAGUGAGGUGCCGGAAUAUCAGCGGGAUUUUGUACAAAAACAGACUCGGCUCAGGAGGCCGUGGUAGGUGCAUUAAGCAAGGGGAUAACUGGUACAGCCCCACAGAAUUUGAAGCCAUGGCAGGACGAGCCAGCAGCAAAGACUGGAAGAGAAGCAUCCGCUAUGCUGGGAGGCCACUGCAGUGCCUUAUUCAUGAUGGGAUUUUAAAUCCUCACGCUGCCUCUUGUACUUGUGCUGCCUGCUGCGACGACAUGACUCUGAGUGGCCCUGUACGACUCUUUGUACCCUACAAAAGGCGGAAAAAAGAAAACGAAAUGCCUGCAACUCCAGUGAAAAAGGAUUGCUCCAAAAAUAUAACCCUGCUCCCUGCUACAGCUGCUACCACAUUCACCGUGACUCCUUCUGGACAGAUCACUACCUCUGGUGCCCUGACUUUCGACCGUGCGUCAACAGUGGAAGCCACAGCCAUUAUCUCGGAAAGUCCAUCCCAGGGUGACGUUUUCACUGGAGCUGCUGUCCAGGACACCAACGUCCAGCAGCCCUGCCGGGUCAGUCACCCAGAACCUCACUAUCCAAGCUACCAGGACAACUGUCAGAUUUCACCUUUUCCUGAAGCUGCUUUGCCAACAUCUCAUCCAAAAAUUGUGCUGACCUCCCUCCCUGCCCUGGCGGUGCCCCCCCCGACCCCUACCAAAGCCAUCUCACCUUCGGUGGUGAAUGGGCUGGAGGUGACGGAGCAGCGGAGCUGGCUCUACUUGGAAGAGAUGGUGAAUUCCUUGCUCAACACAGCCCAGCAGCUGAAGACUCUCAUUGAACAGGCUAAACAGGCCAGCUCGUCCUUCCGCGAGGCUGCCGUCACACAGGCGAAAAUCCAAGCUGAUGUGGAGAGGAAAGAGCAGUAUCAGAACCAGCUAUUUCAACAAACAGAAGAUGUAGAUGGGAAAACAGAAAUCAUCAUCAAGCAAUCCUGCGUGAACUGCGGUCGUGAGGCAACGAACGAGUGCACGGGAUGCCACAAGGUCAACUAUUGCUCCACUUUCUGUCAGCGGAAGGACUGGAAGGAUCACCAGCACAUGUGUGGCCAGUCGGCCACAAUGACGGUGCAGGCAGACGAGGUGCACGUGGCAGACAGCGUCAUGGAGAAAGUCGCCGUCUGAACAAACUCUCCUCYUCCCUGCGUUUUCCAGGAACAAUCUAGCGUGGCCGGCUGGAUCGGCAACGCAACGUGGACAGUCUGUCCCUCAGGAACCAUACUCUUCUCACUAGCAAACUCAUUUUUCGAAAGGUUUUUUAAUACUUUGAGAGCAGUUGCCUGUUUCAAAAGUUUCAAUAAUGCAGAGACUGAGAAAACCUGAUCUGGGGUGGGAGUGGAAGAAGCUCAAAAUGAACAAAAAAACUACAACUAUCUGCAAUGUUCCAGCUGGGAGUCACCUUCGGUUUAAGGAAACUUUGACCUUGCCAGACUGAAAUUUCCACUGUGUGGAUAACAGUGAUACCAUAUCACUUGAUAUGGAUCCAAAGUGGUUGCUGCACUGAGAUUUGCCAGUGUUUCCUUCUCCUUGUGCCUCCCUACCUCU